AUGCUCGGCCACCAGUUCGCGUACUCUGCGGCCCCCGUCCGCAAAGUGCGGGAGGUCCAGUUUGGUAUCCUCUCCCCCGAGGAGAUAAAAGCGUAUUCUGUUGCCAAAAUUGAACACCCAGAGGUCAUGGACGAAACCACUCACAAGCCUAAGCUGGGAGGUCUCAUGGACCCUCAUAUGGGUACUAUCGACCGCAAUUUCAAGUGCCAGACGUGUGGAGAGGGGAUGUCGGAGUGUCCGGGGCAUUUUGGGCAUAUCGAGCUCGCGAGGCCUGUUUUUCAUCCAGGCUUCAUUGUGAAAGUGAAGAAGAUUCUGGAGUGCAUUUGCGUAAACUGUGGACGGUUGAAGGUCGACAGUUCCGACCCGACUUUCAAAGACCGUAUCAGCCACAUCCGCGACCCCAAAGCCCGCAUGCAAGCGGUGUGGGGUAUCUGCAAGAGCAAGAUGUCGUGCGACCCUGAUGAGCCCAAGGACGAGAAUGAGGGUGAACAGGAGGAGCCUAAGAAGGGCCAUGGGGGUUGUGGAGCCAACCAGCCAGUGAUUCGCAAGGAGGGUCUCAAGCUCUUCGUGCAGUACAAACGCGGGAAGGAUGAAGACGAGUCGCUUCAGCCUGACAAGCGGCUGUUCCCUCCGCACGAGGUCUACACCGCAUUGAAGAAGAUCACAGACUCGGAUCUCAAGUUCCUCGGUCUUUCAGUCGAGUACGCCCGACCGGAAUGGAUGAUACUCACCGUCUUGCCUGUCCCACCACCUCCCGUCCGUCCCAGUAUCGCUGUCGAUGGCGGUACUAUGCGCAGUGAGGACGAUCUGACGUACAAGCUCGGCGACAUCAUCAAGGCUUCUGCGAACGUCCUUCGCUGUCAACAAGAAGGCGCCCCCGCGCACGUUAUUAACGAGUUCGACCAGCUUCUUCAGUUCCAUGUCGCGACGUACAUGGACAACGACAUCGCUGGCAUCCCGCAAGCUACCCAGAAGUCCGGUCGUGCAGUCAAGGCGAUCCGUGCUCGUCUCAAGGGCAAAGACGGUCGUCUCCGUGGCAACCUCAUGGGCAAGCGAGUUGAUUUCUCAGCUCGUACUGUUAUCACGGGCGAUCCCAAUCUGGAGCUGGAUGAAGUCGGCGUCCCGCGCACGAUCGCUAUGAAUCUGACCUUCCCUGAGCGAGUCACGCCUUACAACAUCGCAUAUCUUCAAGAGCUUGUGCGGAAUGGUCCAACAGUGUACCCUGGUGCAAGAUAUGUGGUUCGGGAUACCGGUGAGCGUAUCGAUCUGCGGUACAACAAGCGGGCGGAUGCGUUCCUUCAAUACGGGUGGAUCGUUGAGCGGCACCUGAAGGAUGGCGAUUUCGUUCUCUUCAACCGUCAGCCUAGUCUGCACAAGAUGAGUAUGAUGAGCCAUCGAGUUCGCUUGAUGCCAUAUUCCACUUUCCGUCUCAACCUUUCUGUUACUCCGCCGUACAACGCCGAUUUCGAUGGUGAUGAAAUGAACAUGCACGUACCACAGAGUGAAGAGACCCGUGCAGAGCUCUCGCAGAUUGCAUGGGUUCCCCGUCAGAUCAUCUCGCCGCAGGCUAAUAAACCGGUUAUGGGCAUCGUGCAAGACACUCUGUGUGGAAUCCGCAAGUUCACUUUGCGCGACUGCUUCUUGGAAUGGAACCUGGUUCAAAACAUCCUCCUUUGGGUCCCUGACUGGGAUGGCACCGUUCCCACUCCCGCGAUAAUCAAGCCCAAGCCGCUUUGGACUGGCAAGCAGCUGCUCAGCAUGUGCAUCCCUCGUGGAAUCAACAUCUUCCGCUCGGCCGAACCGAAAUCGAAUAACCCAGUGUUCGACGACGGUAUUAUGAUUGAGAACGGAGACAUCAUCUUCGGCAUCGUCGAGAAGAAGACGGUCGGCGCCUCGCAGGGUGGUCUCGUCCACGUCGUCUUUCGAGAGAAGGGCCCCGAAGCCACUCGCGGUCUUUUCACCGGGUUGCAACAAGUCGUCAACUAUUGGCUCUUCCACAAUGGUUUCAGCAUCGGCAUCGGCGACACGAUUGCGGAUCGAAAGACGAUGGCGUAUAUUCAGGACCAGAUCUCGAUGCGGAAGAAGAAUGUCCAGGACAUUCUCGGCGAUGCCUACCAUGACCGUCUCAAACCCUCCCCUGGAAUGACCAUCCGCGAGUCGUUCGAGAAGAAGGUUGAGCGUGAGCUGAACCUGGCCCGUGACCACAGCGGUCAGUACGCGCAGAAACACUUGAAGGAGGACAACAACGUCAAGCAGAUGGUGGUCGCCGGUUCCAAGGGUUCUUUCAUCAACAUCUCGCAGAUGUCUGUCUGUGUGGGCCAACAGUCCGUGGAAGGGAAGCGCAUCCCCUUCGGUUUCCGCCAUCGCACUCUCCCCCACUUCACCAAGGACGACUUCAGCCCAGAAGCUCGCGGGUUCGUCGAGAACUCAUAUCUACGAGGUCUCACUCCCCAGGAGUUCUUUUUCCACGCAAUGGCUGGUCGGGAGGGUCUCAUCGAUACUGCCGUCAAGACCGCCGAGACCGGCUAUAUUCAGCGUCGUCUCGUCAAGGCCCUCGAGGAUGUCCAAGUCUGCUACGACGGCACCGUUCGCAACUCUUUGGGCGAUCUCAUCCAGUUCGUGUACGGAGAGGACGGCAUGGACGGCGCGUUCAUCGAGCGACAAAACAUCGAAACUUUCGCUCUGAAUAACGGCCAGUUCGAGCAUGACUACCGCGUAGACGUCACCGACCCAACAGGUGGCUUUUUACCCGGCGUCCUCCAAGUUGGUCUUGACGACAGCUCCCUCGAGCUCCAGGCCAAGCUGGAUGAGGAGUUCGCGCAGCUUUCCGAAGACAGGCAGCUUCUCCGCGCAUUCAUCUUCCCUCGAACCGACCCCAGUGCUCCUCGCUAUCUCCCCGUCAACCUGCAGCGCAUCGUCCAAAACGCGCUCCAGAUCUUCCACAUCGACAGGCGCAAACCGAGCGAUCUCGAGCCGGCGUACAUCAUCGACUCCGUUCGGCAGCUCUGUGAUCGGCUCGUCGUCGUCCGUGGAAACUCGUUCCUAGCGAGAGAAUCCCAGGCAAAUGCCACCCUUCUCUUCAGGAUGCACCUCCGCGCGACCUUCGCGGCUCGUCGCGUCCUCGAGCGCUAUCACUUGAACCGCGAGGCUUUCGAGUGGGUCAUGGGAGAAGUCGAGGCAAAGUUCAAUCUGUCGGUCGCUCAUCCAGGCGAGAUGUGUGGUACCCUCGCAGCGCAGUCCAUCGGAGAACCUGCUACGCAGAUGACCCUGAACACCUUCCACUACGCUGGUGUGUCAAGUAAGAACGUCACUCUCGGUGUACCUCGACUCAAGGAGAUCAUCAACGUCGCGACUAACAUCAAGACGCCAUCGCUUUCGGUAUACCUCGAGCCCGAGAUCGCGAGGGACACCAUGCUUGCCAAGACGGUCGAGCAAGAGCUCGCCUUCACCUCCCUCCGCACCGUCACCGCCGCCGUCGAGAUUUGGUACGAUCCGGACCCGAGCUCCACCAUCAUCGAAGAGGACGAGGACUUCGUGCACGCGUUCUUUGCCAUUCCUGACGACGAAAUCGAGCAGAAGCUCCACCUCAUGUCUCCGUGGCUUCUUCGUCUGGAGCUCGACCGCGCGAAGAUGAUCGACCGCAAGCUCUCUAUGACCUACGUCGCCAACCGUAUCGCGCAGAGCUUCAAGACCGACCUCUUCGUCAUCUGGAGUGAAGACAACUCUGAAAAGCUCGUCAUUCGGUGUCGUGUGCUGGGCGGCGCGGACAAAGACGAAGAGGACAUGGGUCAAGUCGAGGAGGACAUCUUCUUGCGGCAACUCGAGAAUACGAUGCUGAACUCCGUCGAGCUCCGCGGUGUCCCCGGCAUCCACCGUGUCUUCCUGCUGGAGCACGACAAAAUCGUCAUCUCGCCUUCGGGCAGCAUCGAGGCGCGUUCCGAGAAGGAGUGGGUGUUGGAGACGGAUGGCGUCAAUCUCAAGACGGUCAUGUGCAUCGACGGUGUCGACUUCAGGCGGACGUACUCGAACAGCUGUGUCGAGAUCUUCGACGUGCUGGGUAUUGAAGCUGCUCGCGCCGCCAUCAUGAAGGAACUUCGUGGUGUCAUCGAGUUCGACGGUUCCUACGUGAACUUCCGCCACCUGGCCCUUCUCUGUGACUUGAUGACGCAUCGUGGAUCGCUCAUGGCCAUCACCCGACACGGCAUCAAUCGCGCGGACACCGGGGCACUCAUGCGUUGUUCGUUCGAGGAGACAGUCGAGAUUCUUAUGGAGGCCGCUGCGGUAGGCGAGAAGGACGACUGCCACGGAAUCGCGGAGAACAUUCUGUUUGGCCAGAUGGCGCCAAUGGGAACGGGCGCGUUCGACGUCACCCUCGACAUCGACAUGCUGAAGGACGUUAUUGUGGAUCACCGCUUGCCGGUACAGGAGAUGCUGCGCGCCCAAGUUGACGGAGGCAUGACUCCAGGACAGGUUGCGAUGACUCCGUACGACAGCAACUCGCCUAUGUGGAGUCAAGACGUCUCGUUCAAGGGCGAAGCUGCCGCGUUCUCACCACUCGCAGUCAGCGGAAGCGACGAUGCGCCGGCAGCUUACAACCUCUUGAGCUAUGGCAUGAGCCCCAUGGGCGCAGGUGUGAUGUCCCCAGCGGCGCCCGGCUACAGCCCGAGCUCUCCCAACGCGUACUCGCCGACGUCCCCAUACCUCGCGCAGUCGCCGUUUGGUGGUGCGACAUCGCCCAUGGGCACGUCUCCCUACGCGACGUCGCCGUACUACGACCACAGUCGCGGCGCAACAUCCCCCACAUACUCGCCUACUUCCCCCGCCCUCAACCUCACGUCACCCACCUACUCGCCGACGAGUCCACGGUACUCGCCCACAUCACCUAACUUCUCUCCCACCUCUCCGCGCUAUAGCCCACAGUCCCCGUCGUUCAGCCCGACGUCGCCGCGGUACUCACCCACGAGCCCGUCGUUCAGUCCCGCCUCUCCGCGGUACUCGCCUACUCCUGCUCAGAUGUCUCCCACGUCGCCGAAGUACUCGCCCACGUCACCAGCGUCGCCCGCAUCUCCUCGAUACUCCCCCACUUCCCCCGCAUACUCCCCAACCUCCCCCGCGUAUUCACCCGCAUCCCCUGCGUAUAGUCCGACGUCCCCACAAUGGUCUCCGUCGAGCCCGGCGCAGAACACGAAUGGGACGUCGUCGACACGCAACCGUCCGUACAGCACCUCGCCUUCCUGGGACUAA